UGAAUGGAUCGAAUAAAAUGUGUUAAAAAUUACAAGUCAUUUUCAUAAGCAGAAGAGAAGAAAUAAAAGGUGUUUGGGGUAGUGUGCUUGUAACAAGGGUAGGGGAGAAAGAAUAGGAGCUAGAAAUAAAUAGGUGUAGUGUGUGUGUGUGAAGAGUAUCUAUAGGGGUGGUCAGCACAGAAACAAAACAGAAAAUCAGAAUGCUUUACUUCCUGUGCUAAACAACCUUGUUCAUAAAAUUGGUUGCGUGCAUAAUGUUCUAAUUCCGUUCCUGUUUUGUGUUCUUAGGGACUUGUUGUUUUACAAACAGAAUCUCUCUGGUUAGUUAUUUUCACCCUUAAAAAGUGGAAAGAGAAAAUUCAAUACCACUAAGCGUGCAAAUAUAAAGCAAAUACAUCACAAUCUCUUUGCUAUUAUAACUCUCUCUACCUUUCCUAUUUUCUUUUCUCUCUUCCUCUUCUUCCAUUUUUCUAUUUCUCUUUUUUCAAACUUUAUUUUAUUGUCUCUCCCGCAUCAAAGCUCUUCAUUUUCAUAACUACACAACAUGUCUUGUUUCCUCGUUUCAACCUGAAGUAUUGGUUUUGGAAUCUUCUUUUUUAAUACAACAAAGAUCAAAGGGAAGUUUUCAUUUUGAUUUUGAGUUUCUUGCAAGAGUUUGUUGUGUUCAUCUUGUGAUAUCAAAAUGAUGGAUGAAAGAUCAAGAAAUGAAAGAGAAUCUUCUGAAGAAAGAAAGCUAGAGCUAAAGCUUGGUCCACCAAGUAGUGAAGAUUGGUUUUACACCAACAAACUAAAAAAUGAGUCAUUACUAUCUCUUGGAAACAAUUACUUCUCAACAAACAAUAUUGUUCUUCCUUCAUCAUCAUCAUCAUUUCUUAACUUCACAUCAAAUCAACCUAUGAAGGGUAAAGAUUCAUUAUCAUCACAAACCUGUUCACCUAAGGUUGUAGAGUUACAGAAUAGUGGUGAUAACAAAGUACUAUUCUCUCCCUCUUCUGUAAACAACACAGCUGUUUCCAACACUUCUCAGAAAAGAACUGCUCCUGGUCCAGUAGUGGGUUGGCCUCCAAUUCGUUCGUUCAGGAAGAAUCUUGCAAGCAGCAGCAAUUCAAAGCCAUCACCACCUGAGUCACAUACUCAACACAACAAGGUUGUUGGUAAAAAAAUUAUUGAAAAUUAUGGUAAAGGUUUGUUUGUUAAAAUCAACAUGGAUGGUGUUCCUAUUGGGAGAAAAGUUGACCUUAAUGCUUAUGAUAGCUAUAAAAAUCUCUCUUCGGCUGUCGAUGAGCUUUUUAGAGGACUCCUUCAAGCUCAACGAGAUUCCUCUUGUGGUAAGAAGAAGGAAGAUGAAGAGAAAGUGAUUAGAGGUAUAUUGGAUGGAAGUGGAGAGUAUACUCUUGUAUAUGAGGAUAAUGAAGGAGAUAGGAUGCUUGUUGGUGAUGUGCCAUGGCACAUGUUUGUAUCAACAGUGAAGAGGCUUCGAGUAUUGAAGAGUUCUGAGCUUUCUGCUUUUACACUUGGUACUAAGCAAGACAAGAUAUCUACUUGAUUCGGCAAUGAAAUGAAAAGGCUGAUUGUGGUUUUUUACAUAUUCUAAUUUGAAUGUUUUGGUUCUUUUGUCUAUUGAAAAUCAUGGAAUGGAAGUAGUAGCUUACAUUACAAUGAAGUAAUGUGUAUGAUUAUGAAUGUAAUAUUUUUUUUGAAUGAAGAUUUGAAAUGUUUAUGGGUUGUAUAAAUAGGCAACGAAAACUUCACGGAUGUGUGUACACUCAUGAUUUACUAUUGAGUAACUCAUUAACUUGUUUUGGUUUGUAUUUUGAAGUCCCUUUUGUUGAUAUACAUUGAUAUAUCAUAUAACAA